CAGGAAAUGGGGUGACUCAUCUGACAUCAGACAGCUCUUUUGAUUUGUCCUUUUCAUUGGCCUCAGUCUCGGAUACUCGGAACCAUCGUGUUGUUUGUGAAUGUUUUUAUUUUGCAGAAGACACACAUGGACUGCAGUGCGACUCUGAUGAUUUCAAGGUCUGAUGCGCGUGGCUGUCAGACAGCUCUUUGUUUUCCACAAUCCUUUGACUAGAAAAAGCAAUCACAGUGUGUUUUACUCAUGCUGACCAACAAGGGCCAGGGGUGCCUUCACUGUGGUUUGUGUCUCUGGUUGUAUACAUUCAUACCUUUCUUUAAAGAUGGCGCAGGCUGUGCCUCGGAGGAGAGGCUCUUUCACAAACUGUUUUCGCAUUAUAACCAGCUCAUCAGGCCCGUGGCAAAUGUUUCUGAGCCCGUCACGGUGCAUUUUGAAGUGGCCAUCACACAGCUGGCCAAUGUGGAUGAAGUAAACCAGAUCAUGGAAACCAACCUGUGGCUACGUCAUAUCUGGAAUGAUUACAAAUUGCGCUGGGACCCAACGGAAUUUGAUGGCAUUGAGACUAUUCGUGUUCCUGCAGAUAAGAUCUGGAAGCCUGACAUUGUUCUCUAUAACAAUGCUGUUGGUGACUUCCAAGUCAAAGGCAAGACAAAAGCUCUUCUUAAAUACGAUGGCAUGAUAACCUGGACUCCACCAGCUAUUUUUAAGAGUUCCUGUCCUAUGGAUAUCACUUUUUUUCCUUUUGAUCAUCAAAAUUGUUCCCUGAAAUUUGGUUCCUGGACAUAUGACAAAGCUGAAAUUGAUCUUCUGAUCAUUGGAUCUAAAGUGGAUAUGAAUGAUUUUUGGGAAAACAGUGAAUGGGAAAUUGUUGAUGCUUCUGGCUAUAAGCAUGACAUAAAAUACAACUGUUGUGAAGAGAUAUACACAGAUAUAACCUAUUCUUUUUACAUUAGGAGAUUGCCAAUGUUUUACACCAUUAACCUGAUCAUCCCCUGUCUCUUUAUUUCAUUUCUAACUGUGUUGGUCUUUUACCUUCCUUCCGACUGUGGUGAAAAAGUGACACUUUGCAUUUCAGUUCUGCUCUCUCUGACUGUGUUUUUGCUGGUAAUCACAGAAACCAUCCCAUCUACAUCUCUUGUGAUCCCACUGGUGGGUGAAUACCUACUGUUCACCAUGAUCUUUGUCACCCUGUCCAUCGCGGUGACUGUAUUUGUGUUGAACAUACACUAUCGCACUCCAACAACACACACCAUGCCCAACUGGGUGAAGAUGGUUUUCCUCCAGCUGUUGCCCCAGAUCCUGAUGAUGAAGAGACCUCUGGAUAAGACGAGGACGAUAAGUUCUGAUAAAAACCCCAAAAGCAUUUCCGGUAGGCCUACCAAAGUCAAAUUUGAUAGUCGCAGAGAACCCAAACUUCUGAAAGAAUGCUGCCACUGCCAUAAAUCACAUCAGCUUGCCACCAGCAAGAGAAGAUUAAGUCAUCAGCCUUUACAGUGGAUGACAGGAAAUACGGAGCACUCACCUGAAGUCGAAGAUGUGAUUAACAGUGUUCAAUUCAUAGCAGAAAACAUGAAGAACCAAAAUGAAACAAAGGAGGUAGAAGAUGACUGGAAAUAUGUGGCCAUGGUGGUGGACAGAGUAUUUCUUUGGAUCUUUAUCAUUGUCUGCGUGUUUGGAACUGCAGGGCUAUUUCUCCAGCCGCUGCUGGGGAACACGGGGAAAUCUUAAGGAUUCGAUCUUUUGAAAUUUGCAGAUGCUGUAUGUGUUGUGUGUUCCCUACCACAAAGAAAGGGACAGAAAGCUUCCCACCUAAGUGCCCCAUCUACUGAAGCUGAUGACUAGACGGGAAGAGAGGACGUGAUUGAAAAGGAGGAGCCUGGGUGCCCUCCUCUGUAGCACAACGCUGGAGCCCAGAGCUGGCAGCACCCCCAGGCCUCUCUCGUCUGGACAUGUUCAGCUUUGGGCCAUGAUGAGCCAUUACACAGCGAACCACAUCAUCAGCAUCAAGCCACACUACAGAGGGGUUCUGCGGUCCCUCCAGUUCAUGCUGCUGAUCAGCAGAAUGACACAUGCCAGACAUGAAACUCUGGAGCGUGGCCCUUGCUGACGUGUGCAAUGCUCGUGAACUCUGUGGGCUUGCUUUCUGGUGCAUGUGUCUGUGAUGUAGCUCACACACCAGCAUGAUUUCAUACAGUAGUUAGCACAAUGUAAUGGCAGGUAGUCGGAGUCGAUCUCAGCAGGCUGUAUUUAAUUAGCAUUUAUCCGGCCAGAAACUAGAGUGGUAACCCAGCACUGUGCUAGGCAUCGCAAAGGUGACAGAAAUAGGCUGCCCCCAGCAGUCCCAGCUUUUUAGGGAAAC